AUGCCCAAAGUUUUUCAAUCAGGUUAUGAAUAUGAUCUUGGAAACCUUUACUUUUUCAAUAUGGAACUGCUAGAGAACACCACAAAUUUACGACAUAUACCAGGGAAAAAGGCUUAUUUAAAACUUAUAUAUCCUGAUUAA